AUGAAUUUUGAUCUACCGCAAGAUUUACAGUCCCAUCUGCAUUCCAUUGACUUCUUUAUCAAGUCUACAAUUCUCCCUCUGCAGCAUUCCAAUGAUAACAAUCGUUUCUUCGACCACCGACGCGAGUAUACUCGAACCGACUGGGAGCGAAAUGGGAACCCCCGUGCAGAAUGGGAGGAUUUGUUGAACCAGGCUCGGCACCUGGCCGAUGGAGCAGGCUUCUACCGAUUCGCUCUCCCCAAACAAUAUGGUGGCGAGGAACACCCAGAAACAAACCUGUGGAUGUCUGCGAUCCGGUUCCACCUGGCUUCACAUCCCAUUUACGGCGGUGGCCUCGGACUCGCAAAUGAUCUACAGAACGAACAUAGUAUUGUCGGAAAUUUCCCCGAUAUCCUCAUGAUUCAUCAUUUCGGCAGCGAGGAGCAGCGCCAGGCCUUCAUUCCCGCGCGUCUUCGUGAGGAGUUUGGAUUAACCUUCGGUUUAACAGAGCCAGAUCAUGGCAGUGAUGCGACGUUCAUGUCUACAUUUGCCCAUCAAGAACGCGGUGGAUAUGAGAUUACGGGGGCGAAGAAGUGGCAAACGGGCGCUCAUCAUUGCACUCACUUCCUUAUAUUCGCAAGGACAUCCGGCGUCCCGGGGUCUGCCAAAGGGAUCACAGCCUUUCUCAUCCCUCGUGACACUCCGGGUAUCCGGAUUGCUAGCUACGAAUGGACGCUUAAUAUGCCCACCGACCACGCAACAGUGGAGCUCGACCGUGUUUGGGUGCCUGAAUCAAAUAUCCUCGGAUCUCUCAAUCAAGGGCUAGCCAUUGCCCACACCUUUGUGCAUGAGAACCGUAUACGCCAGGCGGCCAGCUCCUGCGGCGCCGCCAAGUUCUGUCUGGAACGAAGCAUUGAGCGUGCGCGCUCACGCAAAAUAUGGGGAGAAGGCAAAAUGUUGGCCGACAACCAGGCCAUUCAGUUCCCGGUGGUCGAAUUGAUGACUCAGGUAAAGAUGCUCCGUCUUCUCAUUUUGAAGACGAGCUGGGAAAUGGACCGUGUCGUCGCCACAUGCAAAUCGUCCCGGGUGCAGCACCCACCGUGGGUUGCUAUUGAGCGUGAGCUCAGCGACCAAGUCGCCAUGUGCAAUUUCUGGGCGAACCGACUUUGUUGCCAGGCUGCAGAUCGAGCGAUCCAGAUCCACGGCGGCGAUGGAUACUCUCGCCAUUAUCCCUUCGAACACAUAUAUCGCCAUUUCAGACGCUAUCGUAUCACAGAAGGUGCAGAAGAGAUACAAAUGCGCAAAAUUGCUGCAUAUAUUUUCGGAUUUGUAGGGCCGAAGAAGAAGGAGUUGGAAGCUAUGGAAAAGGCCAAAGCCAAAAUAUAG